AUGGGUUUGGUCGUCCUCCAGUUGAACUCGACAAGCAAGCCUUGGUGUUCCUCUGUAAACCGUAAGAAAUUCCACUCGGUUGUGCUACAGGGUGUCUGUGACGAUGCCCUGGCCUUCACCCACGUCUAUACUGGCUGGCCAGGGUGCACACAUGAUGCCCGUGUUUUCAAUAACUCCUCAGUGUUCCAAGAGGCUGCAGCCAAGUUUGAAACGGAUGAAUUCCUCCUGGGAGACUCGGCGUACCCGAUACAACCAUGGCUUAUGACCCCAUAUAUUCAAUUCAAUUCAAUUCAAUUCAAUUUAUUGCACAAGAUAUAUAUAAAGAUUAUAAGGAAUAUCACAAGGGAUCAAAAGAGGUACAACAAGAGACAUAACUCUGCUAGGGUCGUCAUUGAGAGAGCUUUUGGACAACUCAAAGGACGAUUCAGAAGGCUAAGGGACUUUGAUUGUUCCGACUUCGAACUGUUGUGCCACUCUAUUUUGGCGGCAUGUGUCAUGCACAACCUUUGUCUGAAGAGCAAUGACGAUACACUAGAAGAACUUCAAUUAGAUGAAGAGAAUGCCGCUAUGCCUAGGCCACACCACCACAGGACCAGCGGAAUUGAAAAACGUAGGGAACUAGAAAUGCUGUUGGCCAGGAGAGACUAA